UCUAGAGAGAGAAAGAGAGAGAGAGGAUUAGGAGGUUGAUGAGAGAGACAAAUCUCUGCAAAAAAACAGCUUUUUUGAGUCUCUCUCUCUUUUCCCCUGAACGCAGAUUCCGAUUCCGACCUUCAUCAGUUCUUCGUUCACAAAUUCAAACAAUCCAUGUUUACAUUUGUUUUUGAUUUCAAUCAGUUGCUUUUUGUCCACAUUUUCUCACCAAAAAAUCCCGAGAAAAAUUAAAUAAAGUUAUUCAAUCCUGCAUUUUUCUAAUUUCUUUUUAGGUUUCUGUAAUCCCUAAUUGGUGAUUCCAAAAUCAGAUUCUGUGUCUUCGUUGCGUAAAAUUAUAAUUCCUUGUUCCAUUGUUCGUGGAAAUUCUGCUUGUAAAAAAAACACAGGUGUUUGUUUGUUUUUUUUUUUUUUCACGAUCGUAUUUCGUGAAUUCCGUCGAUAACAAAUCAAUUAUAUUUCUGAAAUCGAGAUUGUAAUUCCGAUUCCCAAAUCAUGGGGAACUGCUGCGCCACACCACCUUCGCAUUCCACCGACGCGAAGAAGAAGAGGAACAACAAACCCAAUCCAUUCUCAAUCGAUUACGGCGCCAGCCACAAAUCCAACGGUCCGAACAACCUCGUUGUGCUGAAGGAUCCGACGGGCCACAACAUCACGGCCCGAUACGAUCUGGGGCGGGAGCUGGGGAGAGGCGAAUUUGGGGUUACUUAUCUGUGCACUGAUAUCGAAACCGGUGAGAGAUUAGCUUGCAAGUCGAUAUCGAAGAAGAAGCUCAGGACAGCUGUCGAUAUCGAAGAUGUGAGGAGGGAGGUAGAAAUCAUGAGGCGUAUGCCUAAGCACCCGAAUAUUGUGACGUUGAAGGACACUUACGAAGACGAUAGUGCGGUGCAUAUUGUUAUGGAAUUAUGCGAAGGGGGUGAAUUGUUCGAUCGGAUUGUGGCGAGAGGGCAUUAUACGGAGAGGGCUGCUGCUCUUGUUAUGAGGACUAUUGUCGAAGUCGUGCAGGUCUGCCAUCAGCAAGGAGUGAUGCAUCGUGAUCUGAAACCAGAAAAUUUUCUUUUUGCAAAUAAGAAAGAAACGAGCCCCCUAAAAGCAAUUGACUUUGGUCUAUCAGUUUUCUUCAAACCUGGCGAACAGUUCAAUGAGAUUGUUGGAAGCCCUUAUUACAUGGCUCCAGAGGUACUGAAACGUAAUUACGGACCAGAGGUUGAUGUUUGGAGUGCUGGAGUUAUCCUAUAUAUUUUACUUUGCGGUGUUCCUCCAUUUUGGGCAGAAACCGAGCAAGGAGUGGCGCAAGCAAUCAUCAGAUCUGUAAUUGAUUUUAAAAGAGAUCCAUGGCCUAAAGUAUCCGACAAUGCGAAGGAUCUUGUCAAGAAAAUGCUCGAUCCAGAUCCCAGUAGGCGUCUCACAGCUCGUCAAGUCCUUGAACAUUCAUGGUUACAAAAUAUAAAAAAGGCACCAAAUGUCUCGUUGGGCGAGACUGUGAAAGCAAGGCUCAAGCAAUUCUCGGUGAUGAAUAAGCUCAAAAAGAGAGCUCUAAGGGUUGUGGCAGAGCAUUUAUCGGUUGAAGAGGCAGCUGGAAUUAAGGAAGCGUUUGAUAUGAUGGAUUCCGGAAAGAGGGGUAAAGUCAACCUCGAAGAACUCAAAGUUGGUCUGCAAAAGCUUGGCCACCAGAUUUCCGACCCGGAUAUUCAGAUUCUAAUGGAAGCUGCUGAUGUUGAUGGAGAUGGAACUUUGAAUUACGGGGAAUUUGUCGCCGUAUUAGUUCAUCUUCGGAAAAUGGCGAAUGAUGAGCACCUACACAAAGCUUUCGCCUUUUUCGAUAGAAAUCGGAGCGGAUAUAUAGAGAUUGAAGAGCUUCGAGAUGCUUUGAGUGAUGAAGACAAUGCCAACAGCGAGGAAGUUAUCAGUGCUAUCAUGCACGAUGUCGACACGGACAAGGAUGGGCGAAUAAGUUUUGAAGAAUUUGCUGUAAUGAUGAAAGCUGGUACGGAUUGGAGAAAAGCAUCGAGGCAAUAUUCACGAGAGAGAUUCAAUAGUUUAAGCUUGAAGUUGAUAAAGGAUGGCUCCGUAGAUAUAGCUAACGAAGGUAGAUAAUCAUCUUUCCAAACGAAAAAAAAAAAAUCUGAAAUAGGGAAAAAAAACGAGCGCUAAAAAAGGAACACGUCAUCGUGUGCGUUUUUUUCUUCCUCCUCGUCCUUUCGGUUUUCCGGGCCAGUUCAUGUGAGAUUGCUGUUUCUUGUAUUACACUUUCUUCAUUUAAAUUUAUUUUUUUGGCCCCAAUACAUAUCAUUAUAGACUGAGAGAGGCUUAGGUUGGAGAGUGCUUUGUUUUCUGUUUAUAUUUAGGUUGAUUUUGUGUGUGUUUGUAAAUAGCUAAAAGCGUGGGAGUAUUUUAAUAGGGUGGGGGUAAAAACGUCUUUUGAGGGAGGUAGUUCUUCUUGCACUGUACAUAUUAUGAGUCAAAUGUGGAUAGUUAUGCCAUUGUUGUUGAGAAAAUGUGUUAAAGGGCUUCUCUUUGAGUUUUUGUAAUGUACUUUUCUUUUCAUUGUAA